AUGGAUGGAAAUUGUGUUGAUGUAGCCGACCAUCCGCAAUAUGAUGGAAAAAGGGCUGUUUUCAUUCGAGAUGUUUCUUUGAAAGCUCCUCAAGGUAUUUAUGUCCUUACAUCAAUGAAUUUAAAACUACCAUCAGUACUCAACAUUGCUAACAUCGAUUCGAGCAAGUGGAAGAUUGACCACGAAUCUUUGGAUUUCACCAGCUAUACGAUUACAAUGAUAGAUGAGAUGUUUGCCUAUGAUGCAGUGGAAAAUUGUGCUAAAACUAAUGCACAAGUGCUUUCCUUAGGAUUGGGAGCCGGAUAUAUCAACUCUUAUCUACAUAAAAAUUAUCCCAAAAUGAAUAUAACUGCAGUCGAAAUAGAUAAAAAUAUGCUCGAUUUGGCUUUGAAAUGGUUUGAUUUGAAGCUAGAUGAUAAACAUCAUGUAGUUAUUGAGGAUGGCAUUAAUUAUGUCCGCAGAAUGGCAGAGGCA